CCGCCACGCUAUCAACAACGCACAUUCAUUGGCGAAGAGAGACUGGGCUGCUACACAGGUCAGAAGUCAAUAAAGCUCACUGGAUGAUCCUUGAGAGAGAUGGUCUCGACUUAUCCAUCGCAGGAAGCUUCAACGAGUGUGCUUUCGGCGACAGCGGCAGGAUGAUGAUGCAGAAGGGUUUAUCGUUUCCUUUGGCGGUAUCCAUCGGCUCAGGAACCGGGUUGUCAGUGCGAGCAUGGAGGACUCCGUACGUGGUGGUCCUGGUUGAUCUCCAUGCGUCACUGAUGCCCCCACGGUCCACGGUCUGGUAGUUAUAAAGGCCGUCUCUCCGGACGUCUGGGUCUUUCUGCUCAACCAACUUUCUCUCAAAUUUGUGUUAUUCAUACCUCCAAUAUGAAGCUCACUGUUUUUGCUCUCACUGCUUUCUUGGGCUGCGCUACCGCCCUCCCUCAGCUUGGUCAGCUCGGCAACCCUGGACGAGGACCUCCUGCUUCUUCCGACUUGCCUACUCCCGUCUUCUCCUCUGGCAUCCCCCAGCGUCCCACUGGCAUUUUCGACAAGCGCCAGCUUGGCCAGCCCGGCAACCCUGGUAGAGGACCCCCUUCUCCCGGCGAGGUCCCUGGAAGAGGCCCUCCCGCUCCGUGCGAGAUCCCCGGCAGGGGACCUCCUGUUGAUGGCAAGGACGACGCUUGUACUCCGUUGAGUUCCACCUCGUCGUCUUCGGUUGCUGCCAGUAGCUCUGGUUUCUCUAGCGUGCCGACUGUGUCUGUUACCCCGACGCCCAGCUCGACUCCGGCCAGCUCGACUCCAGUUAGCUCGACUCCGGUCAGCAGCGCGUCGCUUUUCUAAGCCAAUGACACUGCGCCGUUGAUGGAGUGAACAAACAAUGAUACAAUGAUGGACUUGGCUUUCAAGAAUAGGAUGCACGAUGAACUGUACAUAGAUCUUGCAGGUAGACAAUCGGAGCUUAUAUCUGAC